CAAGAUUUCAACCAGCUGCAGUCCUGUUCUCUAUUCAGGUUUGCUGAAAUCAAAUACUGAGACGCUGCCAAGACUCUGAUCUGAUGAAUGUGAAACUGAGAGUUGUAACACGCUUAAAAUCAAACUAUCGUAGGAAUUUUCCACACGUUAAACCAGUAAAAACACAGGUGUAGUUAAAGUCUACGGCUCAGGCCCAUAGAAACAUUGCUCUCUGUAAUCAAUCCUCCUGUUCAUACUGGCCUUCUAGAGAUCUCUUUCAAUCUCUUCCAAUGUACAGUAAGUGAUGCGGGACACAGUUCGCUGUUCUCCUUUUGUGCAAAAAUACAGUUUAUCUGAAUUUAAUACGACGCUAUUGCAGUCUGAAUUACACGAAUCAAGCGGGUAUAAUAUAGGAAUGAUUACAGCAAACAGGCACGGCUCACUGGUUCACGUGACUGAAAUAGAGCCAUCCCUUAUGUUCUUAGUUACACCUGUGCAUUUCCUGUUUUAACAAGUCAAAAUGUCUGCUGUGAAAAGGGUCUUUCAAGAAUAUUGCAUUUCUCUAAUGGAGGAUAAUGUUGACAAAAAUGGAUAUCAAUUAUCCCGAGUGACCUAUGCCAUAUACUGUAUAUAUGAGUUGUUUAUUUAAAGUAUUUAAGGAAGUCUGGCUGUAUUCUCUAAAAGAUCAAAACAAACAAUGUAAGUUAUCUAACUAGCAAAUAUUGCCUGUGUAGCCAAAGCCUGAUAUAACUUGUUCCUCUUUGCCUUAGACUACAAUUGUUGUUGCACAUGUAUGAAGGAACAUGUAGCCAUACGUGCUAAUGUUGUUUUUUCUGAGACAAUGUUCACUAGCGCACCAAAUAUGCUUUAAUUCUAGUCUGAAAAUGAUACACAAAGGAGGUUUGAACAGUGUUGGCUGAAAAAAAUCUAAUUUCUUAGCUUUAAAAAAUGUAGCUAAAUAUUAAUAUACAUAGCCAAACUGAAAACAGCUGUCCAAUGCAAGUAUUAUAGUGUUUAUAGGGGAAGCUCAUUUGCAACACCCGGCCCUCCAAGGGGCUACAAGAAAAUUAGACAGAAUACAGUGAGAUACAAUACAUUACUACACAUUCAAAAUACUACAUUUAAAAGCUGGACACGAGCACAGGUUUGUUGCUGAAUUAACCAGGAUUUGGUAUCUCUCUUUAAAAGUGAUUGCAGCAACUUUAUUGUGAUCAGGAAGUUAGUUCCAGGACUUUCUUCCUUUCAAAAAAAAAAAGCUUUGCAGAUGUUUCGCAGAAUGGAGUGAAUUUGUGCCCCAUUUUUAAAAAUGUAUGUCAGUAGGAACUAGUAGUAAUUAAAAAUGAUAGAUAGACCAACACACUGUUUUGGUCUUUUCAUUAGAUAUGUUGACAGUAAGAAAAAAAUAUUGAAUUCACCUUUAAAGCGACGGGUCAGAUCAGUAUAUGGCCUGGGGAUAGCGUGAGUCCAGUACACAGAGUUACUAUCAGCACUGGAAUAGUGUUACCAGUUCAUCCCUACCUUCAAUGCAUCUGUUUAUUUUAGUACCCGACUGCUUUCCUCCCUCUUUCUUUGCUCAUCAUAUCCUUCAGCUGUUACAGCAGGUUAAAGGUGGCUCUAAUGUCCCCCACCCCUGGUAGCUGUUGGCAGCUUGUUGUGGUGCCCUCUGUCAACAGGCCUCUGGGACAUAGAUCUGCAGCAGUUGUUCCUCUCUGAUACAUGCCAUAUUAUUUUUGUCACACAUGCAGUAGAAAUAACAUAAGCAUGGCUUCAUUUAUAUGGACCUGCUCAGAAUAGACUUCCUGGGAUACAUUUUUUGUAGUUUUUUAAAUGUCUCCACAAUUUGAAAUUGUAGACCUGCUUGUUUUGUAAUAUGGAAAUGGUAACCAGUGAGAUGUUCUAGCCUGUCGUGACAGGAGAGAGUAAUCUCUACAGUACAUAUAUGAGGUUAUGGGUGGCACACAAUAGGGUCGUUGAAGGCAAGUUGCUGCCAAUGGUUGAAGUUAAAAGCCAUUUAAAGGGCAACCAAGUAAACUUUCAAAAUUCUUACAUGUGAUUCCUAUGGCCGAAGACAGUCGGAGUGUUAAAGCUUAAAUUUGUGAUGGCAUCAAGGAUAAAGCCUGUAACUGCUCCAUAGAGUUGUCAGUCUCCUGAAUUGUAAGGCUUGAUGGAGGUGGUUGCUACAAGUGGCUAAAUGAGACUACAAAACAUCAUCACAGAGACUAGUCCGCCUACACAGGCUAUAGUUAUAGCCACAUAUUAGCUUUUUACUCCUCCCAAUUUCAUUUACGCAUAAACUAAUUAAAAAGGGGUGUUCACUUGUUAAGAUUAUCUUGCUGAACAAAAAGUGUACGUAUCAUAAACUUGUGUUUGACACAGAGCUUAUUUUCUGCAAUCAUCCCGUUGGCUUUUUGUCAAGGGAAUCGGUGCGAUGCAAACUUCCCGGUGCUGCGAUGGUCUUUUCAUUAGACACAUACUGUAUUGAUACACUAAAGUUGGUGUGUAAGUUACAGUGCAACCUUUAGACAUAAACAUAGCUACAGACAUGCUACUUGCAUCUCUUUGUGUGUGAACUGUCAAGGUCUACUUUGCACUUCUGGAAGUCAGACACCUCACUUCAGCGUGUUAUAAUGAUCAGUGCUGGUGGCCUGAAGGUGUUUAAGAUGUGAUCUCCAAGUCUGAUAGUUCAAGACCUUUAUUUGUCCACCGAGGGCCGAUUGGGUUUGCCGCAGUAAUAAUAACAACACGGGGCUAGACACGCAAGAUAAAAACACAUAUACAUAACCACUUAAUAAAUAAAAGCCCACAUAAAUGCAGGAGUAAAAAACACAUGGAGUAAAGAUACAAUAUUAGUGAAAAAAACAGGCAUGGUUGGAGAUGUGCUGAUGCUACCCGUAUACUUUACAGAGUUGAGCAGUGACAUUGCAGAGGGUAGAGAAUUUAUAUCCAUAUCUAUGUUUAGUGGACAUAAUAAUCUAUUCUUGGAUUCAGUUUAAAGGGAAAGUACGUCAACAAGUCACAGUUACAGGUCUUUGGGGGUACUACUGCAUUUGUGAAAAAAGUUCCAUAAGGCCUAAUGGCUCCAGAGGGAGUUGUGCAAACUGAUGAAUUGCCUAAAGUGAUGUCACUUGGCUGAAGGUUACAAGUCUGUAAAUGGAAAAAAAAAAUCUGGGGGUGUGGAGUUAGAUAACAGUGAGCUUAUCAAGACCUCUGUAAUCCGCUCCUCAGCUCUCAUCUCUAGCCUCUACUCAUAUAACACACUUGAAUUAACUAUUGCUGGUUACGUUGCAUUGUGGGUAACGUAGGCGCCAGGUUUUGAGAUGGAAGAAAAAUGCUUGGAAAGAAUAAAGAUGAUGUCUCUGGUUCUGCUGCGUCGAUUUUGAUCCUUUUUUAAAAACUCCAUCGUGAAGCCACCAAGGUUAUAUAGGUGCAAUGCUAAAUUGAUGGAGGGCUGUUUUAUUGAUUUAUUCAACCCUCUCAUCUUUAAGUCCUUGAUAGGCAGUUGUUAAUAAUUCAUUACACAAACAAAUGCCCAGAAGAUGUUAAUCAAAAUGCAAGAGAUGAUCGAGGGAGAGUUGCAGUGCCUCCUCUUUGUCUGAACUGACUCACUACUUUUUGCCAGAGUGAAGACAGUAGGAGAUCUGCUUCAGCAGACAGAAAACCCAGCAGCAGUUCUGUAGACCUUAACCUUCAUGGCAAUCAACCAGCGUCUGAGGCAGUGAAGUGGUGGCGGGGGUCCAUCUGUGUGAACUCAGUUUGUGUCUCCCAGGCCCCGGUGGCUGCAGCAAGGUCAGGCUCUUCUCUGAAGCCAGACCUGAUGAAUGGACCCCGAUGGAUUUUCUCUGGCUGAAAUGUCAGGCUUCUGUGCCCGUUGAUUGACUCUCUUUGAAGUCUAGUUUUCCAUUUUACUGUAUUGCCUUUGAGGAUGCGGCGAACCCAGAUAGCACGGAGGGAUUGUGGAGUGAGCAGGCGUGGGGAUAUGUCUUUGGAUGCAAAUCAUUCUCAAUUUGUCCAUGGAAAUUCAAAUGGGGCUCUGGAUGUGACGAGUUAAUGAAGUGGUGCAGUCAGAGCUUCACUCCUCAGCUUGGAGACUGAGUAGAAAGGUCUGGACUUUAUGGUUCAUGGAUUCAAUACCCCUCAUAUGUUCUAUUCAGCCAAGUCAGUCUGAUCAGAUCAAUGAGUCAGUUGACGAAACGUGAGCAGCUUAAAAGACAUGCGGGACAUGAAGUCUGAAUGCCAAGACACUUCCAAGUCAAACCUUUCACUCAUUUAGUGCUGAUCUUGGUCGUCUUCUGUACAUAUUGUUCUGUUAGAUCACACCACAUGCUGUCGUCACCAGAACCAAGCUGGACAGUACAACAGCGGCUUGGCUUUUCUAACAGCUUGAGCUUGAAUGUCGCACUCACCAAAGAUGCUUCCCAAUCAGUAUGCUUUAUGUCAGUACUCAUAGUGUGAAUCUGAAUAGAAAUUAGUAUCUCCCUCACAUUUGCCAUCAUGUGACUGUUAUACAUGAUAAUCAGGAAAGCAUGUAAUUAGUAUUCACCUUUGCUCUGUAAAUGUUCUCAAAUCCUACUUUGGCAUCAGCUAAAGCCCGUCUAGACCUGACUAAACAGAUCAUCAGUAAUGAAAUGUAACCUCACGAUUAGUCUAAAAGGCAGCCCCAUUGUGAUGCUGCAACAUGUUUUCACUCCCAACUCUUCAAAUACAGCAGCUUGGUUCAGCGGCCCUAUGCGUCAAACUAUGGCCGUGGUUACACUUGUCUUUUCAAUGAGACUUUUAUGAUCAGAACUCAGCUGUGAGUUCUUCUUUUUGCAACCAGAGGAGUUGCUCCCUGCUGGUCAGUAGAGAGAAGGCAAGUUUUAAGACACUUCCGCAUUGGCUUCACUCAGCAGAACCAGAGGUUGCCGCCUGUCACAAAGCUCCACUACUUCUGUGAUAAACACAAUUUCCUAUAAAUUCUUCACAAUAAAAGUCCCCCGUUAUUUAGUUUUUUAAAAGCUUUUAUUUUGAAGCAGCCAAAUCAGCAAAUGUUGGGUUUUUGUCAGCAGUAACUUUGCACAAUGGGUCUCAGCUGUACUCCAGUCCCGGUUUUCCUCCCCUUCCUGUGCUCUCACUCAGGAGAAGAGGAUGAUGUGAUAUGAUCCAUUUUAUUCCCUCUGAGAUCUGAACUCAAUUUGAGCCAGUCCACCUCUGCAUGUGGUCUAGCUGAUGGGUUAGCAAUGGGAGCAAGAUCCAAUCUUGAAGCGUAUAGACUUGACAGUCAGAAGGAUCAGUUGACAAAAGUCGUAUUGAAAAGACAAGUAUAACCACGGAAGUCAAGUUACUUAGUAUAAAGAGCAAUUAGGUGCUUUGGGAGGAGGUCGGAGUGGAGGAUUGGUUUCCGAAACACAGGACUUUCACCCAGGAGACUGGUGUUUGUGUCCCGUGUGAAACCAAAAGUCAAUGUUCACUUAUUUUAAGUUACGUAACAUUACUACGUAGCCUAUACUACAUAACAAACAUUUUCAUUUUUAACCCAAACCUCAAUCUUUUCUUAAUCUAAUCAACUUGUUUGGUUGCCUAAUCCUAACCAAGUUGUUCCCCGUAAAAACAGAAGUUUAGUUUGAAAAAACAGUGCAUGCAUGUAACGAGCAGAAAGUGACAAGUGCAAAAACGACACAUUCAAAACUGACGCUAGAGCGUUAUAGUUUGGAGCGUAAGGCCACUGACCAAGCUGCCUGUAUUACUCGACUGAAUGUUACCUCUGGCCGUAUAAAAUCUGCAUUUUGUGCACUUUCAUUCAAACCAUGUAACCUCUCCGCCUCUCAUGUACUUCCUAUCGAGAUUAAUGCAGACGGUUGGCUGACAGUGUUUAUCUUCUAUUGCCAAAUGAAAAAUGCUUAACAUACAUGGGGAGAAUCUGUCCUCGUGAAAGCUUUCAGCAGUGUUUUGUUUUUUCUUAAAGUAGGUCAGUGUUUGUUGAUAUCUGAUGUUGGGAGUGUGCCCGAUGGAGGAAGCUGCACAGAAAAUACUCAGCUUUCACAGAACGACAGCUCCCCUCUUUCAUCCCACAGUGCUUCCCUCAUAUUUUAAUCUCUCCUUUCCUCCUCUGUUUUUCCCUUAUCUUUUAUGCUCUCAUGUCAUACCAGUACUUAACUAUGCACACGGGAUUUCGUAGGUGCUGAGGUUUGCUAAGUCCCCCCCCCCCCCCAUCAGGCUGUGGCAUCUUCACAUGUCUCACAUAUCUCCCCUGGUAGAAGCGAUAACACUUGGAGCUUUCACAUUUGGACAUGAUGCAGUGAAAAGUGCCUAAUGCAUUUUCAUGUGGAAACCCAGAGUGCACCACUCAUUAAUCAACGUUUCUCAUUUAUUUAUGAUGGCCAACUUAUGUUAUUAAGCAAUGAUUGUUAAAAAAAAAGAGGGAAAUAUGUCUGAGUGCUUGAACAGAAAUAGUUCAUAAUCAGCACUUACAACCUAUAAAAGCACUGCGGGUGUAAUUAACCUACUUCUCACCAUGUGCUGUAAAGCGCAUUGUGACAUAAAGUGUACAAUCUGUGGAAAUGUCUGGGAUUUCUCCUUGGAGGUAAAAGAAAUGCCCGUGCUGCCCCGUUUUCAUGUGUAUGUCUGGCUUUCUGUAUGGAGCGGAGGAGAACUGUUAUGAGCGGGAACCUUGAGAAAUACAAGAUGAAGGGAAAGAGGAAGAGCAUAGUCUCGUAUUGACUUUGAACAAAAAAGAGAACUGCUGUGUGUGUGUGUGUGUGUGUGUGUGUGUGUGUGUGUGUGUGUGCGGGUGUGCGUUACAAAGAGAAGAUAGUUGUGCACAGAGAAGGGAGAAACGUUCCUCCCUCCCUCCGGCUUCCUACUGAAUAGCUGUGUGUGUACAUGGGAGGGUGGGGGCAGGCAUUAAAAAAAAAAAAAAAAAGGGGAAGGAAGGGAAAUUCUCACAUGCACAUGCUUUUACCUCACACACAGAUGUAUGGAUUCUACCAGCCGUCAGGCUUUCUCUCCCAGUUUGCUGCCUGAGCGACACUACUGAGUGUGAAGUAUCAUUGUCAAUCUUGCUUUUCUCCUUGUGGCUGACAGUGACAUCGACACCCUUCGCUCUUGUCAGCCUGCCUGCGUCCGUAUACUUGUGGAAUGAUGACUGAUCUCAGGAUAGCUAAGAAUGCCUUAUUGGAUGGGCUGCUCACCAGUCCUCCCAGUAAGCCUUUUCUCAAGAGACGAUGCCUCAGUGAUACCUCGGACCUGUUUGCCAUGAUCGAGAGGAUGCAGGGUUGCAGAAUGGAUGAGCAGAGAUGCCCCCUCCCUCCCCCCCUCAAAACAGAAGAGGACUACAUCCCUUAUCCCAGCGUUCAUGAGGUUCUUGGUCGCACUUGCCCUUUUCCACUCAUCCUGCUGCCCCAGUUUGGAGGCUACUGGAUAGAAGGGACCAACCAUGAGGUCAAAGACCCACCAGAGGCUGAACAACCGCCCUGUGCUGCCUCCCACGUCAAACUGGAGACAAACAGCACCGCCAAGAUCUACAGGAAGCAAUUCAUGGGCAAGGAGCACUUUAAUUAUUACACCAUGGAUGCUGCCCUGGGCCACUUGGUCUUUUCCAUGAAGUACGAUGUCAUUGGGGAUCAAGAGCAUCUGCGCUUGAUGCUUCGCACAAAGCUAAGAACUUACCACGAUGUCAUUCCCAUUUCCUGCCUUACCGAGUUCCCCAAUGUGGUUCAGAUGGCCAAGCUUGUUUGUGAAGAGGUCAACGUGGAUCGGUUUUAUCCUGUCCUCUACCCAAAGGCAUCACAGCUCAUUGUCACCUUUGAUGAGCAUGUGAUCAGCAACAACUUCAAGUUUGGUGUUAUUUAUCAAAAGUUUGGUCAGACAUCAGAGGAGGAGCUGUUCGGGAACAUGGAAGAAAGCCCUUCCUUUGUCGAGUUCUUGGAGUUUCUGGGCCACAAGAUUGAGCUUCAUGACUUUAGAGGGUUUCGGGGCGGGCUGGAUGUCACUCACGGGCAGACGGGGACAGAAUCCGUCUACACAAGCUUCCAUAAUAAGGAGAUUAUGUUCCAUGUGUCCACCAAGCUGCCUUACACCGAGGGAGACUCACAGCAGCUGCAGAGGAAGAGGCACAUAGGCAACGACAUUGUAGCCAUCAUGUUCCAGGAGGAGAACACGCCCUUCGUUCCAGACAUGAUCCAAUCCAACUUCCUGCACGCGUAUGUGGUGGUGCAGGUGGAGAACGCGUGUACGGACAAUGUCACCUACAAGGUGUCUGUGACGGCGCGGGAUGAUGUACCUUUCUUCGGGCCUGCUCUGCCUGACCCAGCCAUCUUCAAAAAGGGGCCCGAGUUCCGUGAGUUCCUCUUCACGAAGCUCAUCAAUGCAGAGUACGCCUGCUGCAAGGCUGAGAAGUUUGCCAAGCUCGAGGAGCGCACGCGCUCAGCCCUGUUGGAGACUCUGUACGAGGAGGUGCACAUCAACAGCCAGUCCAUGAUGGGUCUGGGUGGAGACGAAGAUAAGCUGGAGAACGGGGCCGCCGGAGGGGGAGGAGGCUUCUUCGAAUCCUUCAAGCGGGUCAUCCGCAGCAGAAGCCAGUCUAUGGACGCCAUGGGCCUCAGUAACAAGAAGUCACACACAGUCUCCACUAGUCACAGUGGCAGCUUUACCCACAAUCCCGCAGAGAGCCCCAAAAACCCAGGGAUUUCAUUGCUUGUUCCAGGGAAAAGUCCCAGUAAAUAUGGACGCCGAGGCAGCGCCAUAGGGAUAGGAACAAUAGAAGAGUCAUUGAUCAUUCCUGGGAAAAGCCCAACCAGGAAAAAGUCUGGGCCCUUCAGCUCCCGCCGCAGCAGCGCCAUUGGCAUCGAGAACAUCCAGGAGGUCCAAGAGAGGAGCCGAGAGGUGUCACCCAGCACCAUGAGGACACUGGAGGGAACACACUUUUCACAGGAAAACAAAUCAGACAACUCCUCCAAUCAAAGCUCUCCAGAAUUCCCUGCUGCCAGGAACAGUCUGGCGAUGUGUUGCAGGGCGCCGUCCAUCCCCGAGGCUCAGGACCUUUCCCGCUCCUCCUCCAACGCCAGCAGCUUUGCCAGCGUAGUGGAGGAGCACGAGGCAGAGGAGGAGUACGACACUGGACUGGAAAGUGUGUCUUGCAUUACACCACUCAAGGGAGAGUCGUUUGUGUACAGCUCUGCGGCAGACGACAGUGCGUGCAGUACCAGUCAGGCAUGUUGUCCUGCAGCGUCUCGUCCUCAGCAGCAGCCGGACGGAGUGAAGACGUCGGAGCCAAAAGGGACAGACAGCCGGCCCAAGACAGAGCGGCCCUCGCAGGAGCACAAGUUCUCAUCGGACUGUUAGCCACACUCCUUUGAUUACGGCAUUGACAUCCAUUUCCAGCAUUCCCAUAAGAGGCAUCUUUUGCAAAAAAAAAGAAGAAGAAAAGAGCCAAGGGCAUGUGAACUCCACCACUGACGCAGGAGAGGAGCAGAGUUAGAAGCCAGAUCAAGAGACCGACAGAUCUUCCUUUGUAUGUUUGGCGUUGGAUCUGCUGCCUAUCGUGACAAGACACUCAGCUCAACAUGCUCCAUGGACACGUCCCUACCUAUCGGCCUCAUUCCAGCUCCAUGUGGAAACCCUCCUUGAACGCUCAAAGCAAAGGAACAGAGACCACCACCACCCCUCCCAUGCAGCGCCAACACCGAGCGUCAGCCGUCAGCUGGCUUAGCAGAGUAAGUCUGGCUGCCAGUAAGCUCUGAAACCUGAUUCUUACUGUAAACACUCAAAUGGUGUGUGUCCUCUUUUAAAAAGGUCAGGAUUUGAACUGGGGGGGGGGGGGGAUCAAGACCGAUCAAACAACCGGUGUUUGUUUAGCUUGUAAAACAGUCUAUAGAUAGGAGAGUUGCACUCGAGAAAGAUGUGUAUUUUUAAAUGUCAACCUCACAUCCCACUGUGAUAUUGUACAUGGGUUUUCACUUUGAUGUACUGGGUGUGUGUGCGUGGCUGCCUGCCGCGCCACGUUUUUGUGUUUUACUGACGAUCUAUUCUUCUUGUUCUGAGUAUUCUGCAGUGGAUAUUUGUUGUGUUUGACGACAGCUUCCAUAAAUCUGUCGUUUUUGAUGGAGGGGCACAUCUGUGAUGCUGUUGUUGGUGGCUGUGAUCGCAUCCGUCCUUCCCCCUAUAGGUGGGUGAAAUAUACCACGGAAAAAAUGCAAUCUGCAAUUUUUUUUAUUGAAUUUCUGAAGAAUUCAAUCCACAGUAAGUCUGUAGAUAAAAAUAUUUUAACAUAACUUAUUGAUGCUUUAUAAUUAGAAUACAAAGCGUAAUUCCUGUAGUGCCCCCCCCAACCAGCAACAUGCAUCCUCAAUCCACAUGUCAAGAUCCUGCUGUUAGGACCCUUGUAUCCAAAUACUGUUUGUCACACACCACUUGUUGAUUUGAUGUGUGUGUGUGUGUAUAAAAUGGUACUGUGCAUGGUGUAAAUCUGCUUGCCAAAAAAACCAACCUGUCCUCUGUACACUGGUGCCAUGCUUGACAGAGGUGUUUGUCCCCGUGAUUUGUGUUUUGUUGAGAAAACCAGCCAACAUCUCCAGACGCAGCGCAGCACAUUGUCGAUAGAGAGCCAAAUACCAGUUUCCUACUUUAUUUGUAAAGUGUAAUAUAUGUAUGUGAACGAAGCACUACAUUUUCAAAGUUACUUUGACCUGAUUUGUUCGCUGAAUAUGAAUUACACUGUGACUCGUCUUGAAGUUGCCUUCCUGAUGAUAGUGAGCUGCUUUGAAGGGAGGGUCGUGUUUAAAGGCACUGCGUCGCCAGCUGGCUUGAAUGUAAAACUAGGCAGACGUGUAUUUAUUUAUACAUGUCCGCCACAAUGAAUGGUGAUACUGUGUUGACUCCCGACUGCAGAAAAACCUGAGUCUGAAACGGCGGAAAAGCUUUUUUCCCCCCAUUUUCAGAUUGUGACGAAGGAAUCGACUUGAUACACGGAGUUUAUUUCAGUGAUAUAACUGAAGCGCACUUGAGAUUCAUUGUCUACACUGAAUUAAAGAUAGCAUUUAUUUGUGAAAGUACAAACAAGUUUAAAGACACUGGACCAAAUGCAAAACAGUCCGUAUGCUGUUUUCAUCAAACUGUUAAUAGCUACAAAUCACAACAUUUUGCAUCCGACUCCACAGACAAAUAAAGAAAAGAUGCACUUUUUCUGGUUAUAAUUACACGUAUGUGUAUUACAGCCUUUCAAAUUGAUUUGAUUUUUCUCUGGACUCUGGAAAUGCUUGAGUAGAUGAAGUGCUCCCUCUUGUGGCUCUGUAUUAUUAUAGCACAUCCCUGUGUGGUACCAUUCAUCUAACUGUGCUUGCACUGUAUGCCAACGGCCGGUCCAGACAACGAGAACUUAGGAGAGAAUCUUCUGUGUGCUUGAUUCAAAUGAUUGUAUUUCUGUUUUUGUCAAAAUCUGCUGAAGCCCUUGUUCAAAUCAUUGUAAAUAUUGCUUUACAUCCUUUUUUGUAAAUAAAGCCAACGAAAAUGUUUAAUAAAGAUGAAAAUGCAUAAUGGAU